AUGGUCGACUCCAAGGUUGGUUGGAAUGACGGCGUCCUUGUAAUGUCAUUGCUCUACAUGUGUAUCGACGUCCAAUACGAAUGGGAUGGCUUUGCAAGCUGCCGACGUCCCAUCCACAAAUGGCUCCUGUUGAGCUAUGGCUUGGUUGUGAUGUCAAGACUGGUCCAUAUAGGGGGCGCUCUCAUGCUGAACCUUCGCCAGAGUGCAAUUGCGCGGCUUCUUCUUUCCAUGAUGUGCCUGGUGAUCUUGCCGACUCCGUUGCAUCUUGUAGCACAAAAUGGCCAAGUUGAAGCCCUGGAAUCACUCAUUGCUGCCGGCAAGGUUCAACUCCAUUGCGCUGGGCAGCACAAAAUGACCACGUUGCAGCCCAGGAAAAGCUCAUUGCUGCCGGCGCUGAGUAGUGUUGUAAAUGAACAACAUAAAUCAAGUAGAAUCUGUCCCUGA